GCUGUGGCGGCGAGGGACAGCUUCUUGCGGCGGCUCGCUGCCUCGGCCACCCCGGAGCCGUGAGAGCCAGGCGUGCUCAGCGAAAGGGAGGCAAUGUUGAUGCUGGAUUGCAAUUCAGAGUCUAGUAGUUUCAGCAAUCUGUUUGAGGCAGGAACCGCUGUGAACGCACCUGCAGAUGCCUUUGGUCAGUCGCCAGCUCACUUGGCUGCUUGUGGUGGUGAAGCUUUUUUCCUACUUUGGCAACUGCAGACAGGAGCAAAUCUGAACCAACAGGAUUGCCUUGGAGAAGCCCCGAUUCAUAAAGCAGCAAAAGUUGGGAGUUUGGAAUGUCUUGCUCUCCUUGUUGCUGGCGAUGCCAAAAUUGACUUGUGCAACAACAGCGGACAAACAGCAGCAGACCUCGCACUGGCUUAUGGCUUUCUGGAAUGUGCCAAGUUCCUCGCAACAACUCAGCACACGCAGACAAUGAAACUGAGAGGACGGUCUGGCUACUCACUAAGUGACAAACAUGGCUUCCUGAGAGAGGAUCCAAGUGCACAGAAACAAGAAAGUGAAACCAGCAGAUCCAUAAGCAGGAAGAGGAGAAGAUCAGACGCUGACAAAUGAAACAGCUUGUAAUCCCAAAAUGAAAUCAAGGGGAAUCCGAAGUCUGAAGA